AUGCGGAGCAUCUCAUUCCUGUGGAGCUUGAUUCUCUCCCUUCUUCUCAUUAACCCUGCGCAAGCUGUUCUCCGACCUCGAACACCUCAUCCUCGUUCAUACGACACUCACACAUAUUACGCUCUAGAACUGGAUCCUCCCACGUCACUUUCCAUCGCUUCUUCCAUAUCAUCCGACCUGGGCGUAGAGCUCAUAGAACCUAUAGGAGAACUUGAAGGUUACUGGCUGGUUCGCAGGGAAGGUUCUUCGUCCUCGUUAGUCAAGAAAGAUCUUCCAAAUGACCCAAUAUUGAGAAGAUGGGAAUCUCUCUCCAGCAGUCAAAGUGGUAAACGUAGUUUGACUCCUUUAAUACUCAAACAACGUUCGAAAAGAUUACAUCUCCCAUUUAAACGGUCCCCUCAUGGACUCGAUGGGAGGGACGAUACGACGGAAUUGUUAUAUGCUCAAAAUGAAUUACAGCUCAAAGAUCCGAUGUUGAACCAACAGUGGCAUCUGAUAAAUACAGAUAUGAAAGAUAUAGAAUUGAACGUUACUGGAUUAUGGGGUAGAGGGAUAACUGGUGAAGGUGUGCAUGUUGUUAUCGUUGAUGAUGGAUUGGAUCUGAACAGUGAUGACUUGAAGGAUAAUUUCUUCGCCGAGGGUUCAUACGAUUUCAACGACCACACCGAACUGCCUUUACCGAGAUUAUCAGAUGAUCAACAUGGUACUCGAUGCGCGGGGGAGAUCGCAGCUGUACCCAACGACGUAUGUGGUGUAGGAGUAUCUUACCGAUCUAAAAUAGCUGGUGUCCGAAUUCUUUCGGCUCCAAUAUCAGAUGCGGAUGAAGCGGCAGCUUUGAAUUACGGCUAUCAGCUAAACGAUAUAUUCUCUUGUUCGUGGGGUCCACCCGAUGAUGGUAAAUCGAUGGAAGCUCCGGAAGGUGUCAUUCUCAAAGCGAUGGUCAACGGUGUACAAAAAGGACGAGAUGGUAAAGGAUCGAUAUUUGUCUUUGCAGCUGGUAAUGGUGGUGGAGCAGAUGAUCAAUGUAACUUCGAUGGAUACACCAAUUCGAUUUUCUCAGUAACGGUCGGAGCAGUAGAUAGGAAAGGAUUACAUCCUUAUUAUUCGGAGAUGUGCUCGGCUAUGAUGUUUGUUGCUCCAAGUUCCGGAAGCGGUGAUCAUAUUCACACAACCGAUGUCGGACAGAAUAAAUGUGCUCAUACUCAUGGUGGUACCUCCGCUGCUGCACCAUUGGCUGUUGGAGUAUUCGCUUUGGCCCUUUCGGUUCGACCGGAACUCACUUGGAGGGAUUUCCAACAUCUCUCGGUACGGAAUGCAGUAUUCUUCAAUAAGGAUGAUCCAGAUUGGGAGAAGACUGCUGCCGGUCGAAUGUACAGUUACAAAUAUGGUUAUGGCCGAAUCGAUGCAGGUCUAUUUGUGGAAGCUGCUGAAAAGUGGACUUUGGUCAAGCCACAGGCAUGGUUCGACUCUCCUGCCGUCUAUCUACCUACUACCGAUGCUCCAGCAACAUCGACUGCUGAGCGUCGCCAGGAUGAUUCGACUGUCGUGGCUAGCCAAGAUGAGGGAUCAGAUUCACCAUCGACGGGCUCAGAAGAUCAAUCUUCCAAUCAAAAUGAAACUACUCCCAAUCCUGAACCUGUCGUCUUACCUACUGGAUCAUUCAUCACGGAGGAAGGUAUAACGUCAACAUUCGAAGUAACCAAGGACAUGCUGAAAGACUCCAACCUAGAAAGGUUAGAACACAUCACUGUACGAGUUUGGAUAGACCACCAAAGACGUGGCGACGUAGAGGCGGAAAUUACAAGCCCAAACGGAGUGGUCAGUGUACUAGCUAGACCGAGAAGGUUUGACGAUGCCGACUCUGGAUUCCCGGGUUGGAAGUUCAUGUCGCUGAAACACUGGGAAGAGGAUCCUGUGGGAACAUGGACCAUCAGAGUGAAAGAUCAAUCUAAUCCCGACAAGACUGGUAGAUUCGUCGCUUGGUCCCUACAAUUAUGGGGAGAAGCUAUCGAUGCAUCCAAAACUACACUAUGGGCACCUGCAGAAGAAGGUCAACCAGAUCAAGAACAAACCGGAUCGGACCCAUAUGCAACUACCACCCAGAAACCCAAACCCACCGAUCAUCUUCCAGGGGAUCAUGGUGACGCUACUGGAGAAGCCACCAAACCCGGUUUAGUGUCUACUACGAAACAACAAUCCGAACCUACUUCGACUGCCAGUGAUGGCAAUGAAGAAGGCUGGACGGAACCUACAGGAGUCAGUGAUGCAGAUGCGGAUGAAGGAUUCUUUAGCGGUAUAACGAGCUUAUCGGCCAAUUCCACUUGGAUAGCUGGAGCAGGUAUGAUCAUCCUCUUAUCUGGAGUUGGAAUCGGUGGAUUCUUCUAUUACAGGUCAAGAAGGAGGAAUAGGAACUUGUUCGGAUUGUCGAAUAAUGGUGAAGGUGCUAGAGGAGCUUAUGAACCUGUUGGUGAAUCCGAAGAUGUACCUAUGGGAUUACUUCAGAAAACCAAGAAGAAAUUCGGUAGAGGGUCAGGUGCAGGUGGAGCAAGUGGAGCUGCAGGAUCGAAAGAGUUGUAUGAUGCGUUUGGAGAUGGACCUAGCGAUAGUGAAGAUGAUGAGAGUGGAGAUGAAACUACUGGGUUGAGAUAUCAUGAUGAUUUCUUAGAAGACGAUGGUGAGGAACAUGAACUCGGGCAUGGAAGUCGGACAGUCCCGGAUGCACAAUACAAGGAUGAUCCUGAACCUGAAGCUGGGUCACCUGAUGAGAAAGGGAAGAUGAAAGAGACGGCGGCCACGACUAGUGCGAGCGGAAGUGGAAGUUCGAGUAGUUGGCAGGACGCUGCUGAAGAUGUGAAUAGGUAG